UCAUGCAGGAUGCCUUUUCUCAAUUUAUGGCCUCUAAGGGCCAAUUAGCUUUUCAACCAUCCCAUAAGGGACGAAACAGGGCUCCGCCUACUAACAUUUCUGAGACUUCCUCUCAGAUAGGAGAGGGAGACUCAUUAGAUCUAGACAUGACAGACAUGCCCCUUUCGGAGGAUGAGGGGAGCGCACCUGAGCAGGCGACGAGCUCUGGCCUCUUUGAUCCAGCGCUUCUCAAAUCACUUCUGAUAAAGGCAGUCUCUACGGUCAGUUUGACCUCAGUCCAGGAGGAGAAUCCUUCCACAAGCAAGGAGGCAAACCCUCUCUUUGCCAAAAAAGUCCCACAGGACAAAUACAUCCCCUGUCCGGAGGUCUUCCGCACCACGGUAGAGGAGCAAUGGGUUUCCCUCACAACUCCACCUACACCCAAUAGCGUGGAAAGGAAGCUUUUCAAUGUGUCCCCUUCCUUUUCGGGCAUGCUAGAUGUCCCUGCAGUAGAUAGUCCCCUGAUCUCAUUAUUUUCUACCUCCGCGAUUCCAGGAGACAUGGCGGAGGCCUUGAAACCAGAGGAAAAGAAAUUUGAACAUUCCCUCCGUCGUUCCCACAGGGCCGCAGCUUGGGCGGCCAAGGCAGCAACAUCAUCAUCCUUCUUCGCAAGGGCCUGCAUCAUGUGGCUGCGGGAGUUGCAAACCACCGUACCUCCAGAUCAGGAAGCCAUGUUCUGGAAGUUUGAUCUCCACACAACUUCUCAUAUUGACACACUUUUGGAGCGUGGGAAUGUGACCCUUUUUGAACUUUUGGAUGAAGAAGAUGUGUUGCAGGAAUGCAAGGUGGUCAACCGAAAGCUUGUAGACUUCCUGGUACAGCCAGAACAUAUGGAAGCUCUGGUCACUUGUGUGACUGAGGAGCCCCCUGGAGAUGUGGAUGAAAGAGUGCGCUAUAAAUAUCCAAGUGUUUCUUGCGAGAUCUUGACAUCAGACGUCACACAGAUAAAUGAUGCACUGGGUGAGGAUGAAUCUCUCCUGCGACGUCUCUAUGGUUUCCUUCAGACUGGUGGAAUCCUCAAUCCUCUGUUGGCCAGCUUCUUCAGCAAGGUUAUGGGGAUUCUUAUCAAUCGUAAGACUGAUCAGAUAGUUGCCUUCUUGCGUAAGAAGGAUGACUUUGUCAACCUGCUGCUACAUCACAUUGGUACCUCAGCCAUCAUGGACCUCCUGCUGCGACUCCUAACCUGUGUGGAGCAAUCACAGCUCAGGCAAGACGUAUUCAAUUGGCUUAAUGAGGAGAAAAUUGUACAGAGGCUUAUUGGGAUGAUCCACCCUUCAAAAGACGACAAUCAACAUUCCAAUGCUUCGCAGUCUUUGUGUGAUAUUAUCCGGCUGAGCCGUGAACAGAUGAUCCAAAUCCAGGAUAGUCCUGAGCCGGACCAGUUACUGGCCACGCUUGAGAAACAGGAGACAAUUGAGCAGCUGCUAAGCAAUAUGCUGGAUGGAGAACAGAGCGAAUCUGUCAUAGUCAAUGGGAUCCAAGUCUUGCUGACCCUGCUGGAACCACGAAGACCCAGGAGUGACUUGGGUGGCAUAGGGGGCUUUUAUUGCAAUCUGGAGGGGCAGAUGGAGAUGACUGGUCCCAACUGUGAAGUGGCUUCCAGCCAGGCCAGUUUGGGCACUCUGCAUGCCAUCAAACAGCGUCUCAGGGAGCUUCAUCAGCUGCUCCUUGAUCCACCAAAGAAAGAAGCCCUGCAGACUACCUGGGGGGUCCUGGACCCUCCUUUAGGAAACACUCGUCUGCAUGUCGUGAAGCUGCUGGCCAGCUCAUUGGGUACAAACAACGCAGCACUGCAAGAUGAGAUCAUUGAACUUGGGGCCCUUGACACUAUGUUGAACCUCUACUUCAAGUAUACCUACAACAACUUUUUGCAUGCCCAAGUGGAGGCCUGCCUUAGCAACAUUUUCAGCCCCCUUGUUGGAGAUGAAACGAUAGAGAACCACUCAGAGCCCUACCCAGAAAGUCCAGUCAUCCAACAUUUGCUACAGAAAUGUCGCUUAAUCCAAAGAAUUUUAUCUGCCUGGGAGGAGAAUGAGCAGUCUCAAUUGGAUGGGGGAAGACGCAAGGGCUAUAUGGGGCACCUCACCCGGAUUGCCAAUGCCUUAGCUCAAGGUUCUGAGAAGUGGCCUCAUUCCAAUCUCAUCAAGCAGCUCUUAAAAGAGAUGCCUGAAGAAGACCAAGAACAGUGGGAAAAAUUUAUCUCGGGACCUUUAUCAGAAACCAAUAAGAAGAACACUGUGGAUCUAGUUAACAUGCACAAUCUCCACUCAUCAAGCGAUGAUGAUGAGAACGAACUCAAGGAGUUCAGCUUCCCUCAGGAGGCUGUCCUACAGCAGGCUUUCGUAGGUUAUCAAAUGCAACAGAUGACUUCAUUUAUUGACCACUUUGGUUUUCACGACGAAGAAUUUGGCGAGCAAGAAGAGAAUGUCAACGCUCACUUCCAACGAUUGAAAAGUGCUCCUUUUGACAAAACGGCCAACAUCACCUUCUCACUGAAUGCAGAUGAUGACAGUCCCAACGCCAACCUUUUCGACAUCUGCUACAAGGAGCGAAUUCAGCAAUUUGAUGAUGAUGAAGAGGCCGAUGGCUCUGAUGGGGAGGACAUCUGGCAGGAGAAGGAGAGGACUAUCACUUCGGGUACUGCACAGUCUAUGACGGUUAGAAGACUUGGUAGCACAGAUAGUGAAGAUAGUGAAGACUCAGAAGGUGAAGGGGGUGAGGAAGAAGAUCCUGGUGGGGGAGAUGGAGAGGCCGUCCCUGUCAGCAAUGGCUGUGGUGAACAAACAGAAGCGGAAAGUACAUUAGGAGAUCCUAGCUGGGCAGACAGGUCUGAUCCGUCCGCAAAGUCUACGAAAUCCUCACAACUGGUGGCAGCUGAUACAGGAGCAGCAGUGUGGGACCAACCUAACUCAGGUGCCUCCUGCUCUGGCAAAGAUGAGAAUUGGGCCUCCUUUCCAGAACCUGCUGUACAACAAGAGAGUUCUAAAGUGCUCCCAGAGCCAGCCAUCCUCUCUCAGGAAGUGGCACAAAAUAAUGGGUCCCAAGUAGAAGUCUCUAGUGUUCCACAGGAUUCUCCCACCCCAGACCCAGGCCCUCCAGAAGAGGGGAACCUACCGAACUCUUCUAUCGUGACAACAGUAGCCAGCACAAAAGAACCUCCCCCAUCUACCUCUGAUUCCAGCCAGACCCAGCCACUUCAGGGGACAAUAGAGACGCCACAAUCUGAGCACAGCAACCCACAGAUAGAACAACCGCAGCCAUCGGCAGCCAGAUAAAGGCACUCAGUGGGUCUCGUCACUGGGAAAGAACCACGGCUGCUUGCUCGAUCGGUCUAUUUUGCCAGGGACUGCCCCCAGUCCUUCCGGUGCCUUCACCCCUAUGGGCAGGCGGGGGGCAGAAGAGAAAGCAGCAAGGGGCAACGAAAGGGCCCAGCCCUCUCUCCCUAUCUCCCCUCCCCCCCAAGCAAUCACUGAAGAGUCUGGUUCCAACAAGCACCUGUGAGAGAAAUGGAUGUGUGUACGAGGGUCGCAACAUCAUCCCCCUUCUGGCACAUCGUUUGGGAAUCCCAGCAACGGUGUUUCUCCCCCCCCCUUACUCUGGCAAGGGGCAGCAACCUUUGGCACAAGGCCUCUCCCCCUGCAUUCCCUUUCCUCAAUAUGCAUUCAUACACAGUGCUGCACUGAGUAAACCUGUCUUUGAUGCAAUUAAAAUUGAUGCUUGAAUCAUAUCAGAAGUCUUCUGAUGGGGGGGGAGUGCCAGGUGGGCAGGGAGCAAACCCAUCAAGCAACUCCCUUUCUCAUGACCGUGGAAUGUCCCACUUGCAAGCACACUUCUUCCCUCCCUCCAUCUACAUGUUUGAUCCAUGGGGGGGGGGGUAGGCGUGACUACUAGAAGCAUCACACAGGAUGGUUAAAAUGGGCUUGCUUGAAACAGGCGUAAUGGGCUUUGCUAACUGUAAAGGUUAGGACAGCAGCACGUGAGAUGGAAUUUGUGAGAUGUACAGUCUCUUUUUCCUGCUGGGAUAGAACCCUGUUUUGCAUUUUUAUCAAGUGCUGGAUCCACUGGUUUCCCCCCCCCCCAUGACUUCCUCAAGAGAACUUACUGGGUAGUCCACAUGAAAAAGCAGAAAAGGCUUUUCUGAUUUGUUGGCCAAACCAUAUUAGCAACACCUCGCCAGAACUGCCCAUGGUUAAUUUGGAAUCUUCCACCAAUUUGUUCAGUAAGACUAUAAACCUCUUUAUUAGAAUUUGGUAUAUACCAGUGUGAAUCCUGGAUUCGCACCUCUACAAGUUUUCAUCUUGAUUCUUCUUUUUCCAUCCCCUCCCAGUGCACAGUCACCGCUCACUUGGUUGUCAGGUUUCUUCUCAUUCUCUUCCCAUUGGAUUCUGCCCUUUCUAGCCAUUUUUUCCUAUGGUGAUUAAACACCAUUUUAUAACCUGUGAAAGAGAUCUUUCUCACGGGCCCAAGCACCAGCUGCAUUGCUAGAAUUAGAAACCGCUAUAUUCUAUCAUCACUUCCUUUCAGUUAGGAAGUGGGGGAAUCUGCAGCUUAGGGGUUAGCCUAAGCCAAAGCUGUUAAGAAGUGGGGGAAUCUAUAGCUUAGGUGUUAGCCUAAGCCAAAACUGUUAAGAAGUGGGGGAAUCUACAGCUUAGGGGUUAGCCUAAGCCAAAGCUGUCCUUGGAGAAGCCAUUCAUUUUUUAAGAGGCAUAGCAGGGAAUUCUGUAUUACUGCUUUGUUAUCCUAUUGACAGUUUUUUUUCCUCUCAUGUCAGUGUUGUGGAUAAAUCACCAGCCAUGCUGUAAAAGAUAAGCCUUAAUCUUUGAAUGUUGGCUUACUCUGUGUCCACACUGUAGCAAUUGCCUAACAUCUCUCCCCACCAGAAUCCAUAUUACAGGAGUUUUUUUAUAUAUCUAGAGCAUACUCCCAAAAUGUAAUUUAAAUUUCCUUGUCUUCCUUCCCCACUAAGAAAAAAAAGAGAAAGUUCCGAGUUAUGUGGGUGCAGUUUUUUGACUCUUGAAAAACUCUGCUGCCAUUUCUUGAGUUCCUUCUGAGAAGUCUACAAUUUGUAAUACGUAAGACUCAAACUGCCCUUGUAGACCUGAAUUGCAGGGUCUCCUUCCUGUAAGAUUUGCUCCAAAGUGUCCUCGUUAUGCCACCGGGUUUUUUUGUUUUUGUUUUUGUUUUUUUGACGAUCAAGGGUCUCCACUUACAGUCCUUACCCCACUCAAUUAUAAUUCUCUCAUGUGACUCCUAGAAAACAGAAUUAUUCCACCCACCUCCAAUCCCACCAUUACAUGGGUUUUUUUCUCCCUCCUCUGAUCUGGACUUUUCUGUAUAAAUCUUUUGAAAGCAACCAAGCAACCACAAUCACUUUGUCAUCUUUGCCCCCUAUCUACCAAGUUGGGCAAGAGCACAGCAAAACUCAACCAAGAAAUGGAGGGGGAUUUAAUGUCAGCCUGUUCUCUUGAUAGGAGAGGAAGGAAGCAAGACAAAGAUUGAAAACCAGGUCAGUGUGGUUAUGCAGAGGUCAGUGUCUGAACAUCUGGCGUAGGACGAGAAGUUGCGUUGAGAAAUAUCCUUGUAUAAGAAACACACACACCCCUUCCGCCCUCUGUACUUGCAGAUGGUCAGUAGAUUCGUACCCCUCCUGUCUCCCUCUUCUCUCAUCCUUCAAUAUAAGUGGCAAUAUUUCUUGAAGCUCUUAAAAUCACAAAGGAGAGAAGUGGCCUUUCGCGUUGUCUGCGUCAUGCCAUUUUGUUUUCUUUUUCCCCAUGUGCGUGCGUGUGUAUGUAUGUAUGUGUUUCUGUUUGAAUAAAGAGAUUCUAUGGCCAUAA